AUGCCAGCCAACGAAGCUACCGGGAUGGGUGGAAGGAGCUAUGGACGCAUAGCUGGGUGGCUGGUCGCAGAGUUGCACGACACGUGCAAUGAUUUCUGUCACUUCAAUGGUUUUGAUGGCUGCAACGUAUCCCGGAUUCAAAAGAUCAACCGACAUCCGCGAGCGACGCGCUUGCUUGAGGGUCUGGGGUACAAUUGCAGUGCGUCAGUUGACGGCCGCGGCACCGGGGUCUUCUUCGAUCCUCCUGAUACGGCGGGGACAGCGGGGAAGUGCUUUUACACGAGCGGCACUGUUGACUGCGACGUCAACACGAAGAAGUGGGAGAAGCCGGUGUGCCAGUGUAGCACCGUGACAACUGCAACGACGACGCCAGCUGGGUGGCGGGUCGCAGAGCUCCACGACACGUGCAAUGAUUUUUGUCACUUCAAUGGUUUUGAUGGCUGCAACGUAUCCCGGAUUCAAGAGAUCAACCGACAUCCGCGAGCGACGCGCUUGCUUGAGGGUCUGGGGUACAAUUGCAGUGCGUCAGUUGACGGCCGCGGCACCGGGGUCUUCUUCGAUCCUCCUGAUACGGCGGGGACAGCGGGGAAGUGCUUUUACACGAGCGGCACUGUUGACUGCGACGUCAACAGUGCCAAGUGGGAGAAGCCGGUGUGCCAGUGUAGCACCGUGACAACUGCAACGACGACGCCAGACGCUGGGUGGCGGGUCGCAGAGCUCCACGACACGUGCAAUGAUUUCUGUCACUUCAAUGGUUUUGAUGGCUGCAACGUAUCCCGGAUUCAAGAGAUCAACCGACAUCCGCGAGCGACGCGCUUGCUUGAGGGUCUGGGGUACAAUUGCAGUGCGUCAGUUGACGGCCGCGGCACCGGGGUCUUCUUCGAUCCUCCUGAUACGGCGGGGACAGCGGGGAAGUGCUUUUACACGAGCGGCACUGUUGACUGCGACGUCAACACGAAGAAGUGGGAGAAGCCGGUGUGCUACUGCAGCUCCUCGACAACCGCAACAACGACUCCAGAUGCCACCCGUUGGCAGAUCGGAGGGCUUGGUGAUACAUGCGAUGACGUGUGCACCCAUGGUUGCGACGACACUCAGAUGGCGGAGAUCAACCGGCAUCCCAGGGCGACACGCUUGCUCGAGGGUCUUGGGUACAAUUGCACUGCGGCAGUUAACGGCCGCAAUUACGGGAUCUUCUUCGAUCCUGUUGGUUCUUCGGGGACAGUCGGGAAGUGCUUUUACGCCAGCGGAACGAUUGACUGCGGUCGCAACGACAAGAGCUGGGAGCAGCCUGUGUGCUACUGCAACCCCGAGCCGGUUAAGCAUCCCGACAUCGAAGAGCUGGUGUCGGCUAUGCGGAAGCGGCAGCGCGGGUCGAGGCAAACUCUGGCUUGCAAGAUGCUGCGCUCCAUCGCCCAGGUGGAGGGGCAGCGUGGUUUCGUCAUCUCGGCUGGCGCCGUGGCAGCUGCCCUGGACGUGGCGAGUCUGCAUGCUGCCGGCGCACGGAGGGAGGCAGUGCGGCUGCUGACGCUCCUCUACGGUGAGCCGUCUGCUCGAAAGGCGCCAGAGCAGCACGAUGUGAUCAAGAUCCUGUCGGAGGUGCUCGCAGACCACACACUGGAGGAUGCCACGCAUUCGGAUGCCGCGCAGAUCUUUGCCUGGCUGCUCUUCGGCUGCCCGGACUUGCGGCCUCGCGCGGCCCGGUCGGCUCCGGCGGUGCACCACCUGAUCCGGCUGCUGCGGAGGAAGCCCACGGAGCAGGUGGACGCCAGAGAACACGCAGCGAAAGCCCUGGCAUCUCUGGCGGCUCAUCCUCUCGGAGUGCAGGUGAUCGCCGGUCAGGGGGGACUGCCGGACUUGGCGCAGCUGGCUUCCAGCGAUUCACCUGCGCAAAGAUGGGGAGCGCUGGCGUUGCGGCAUGCCGCCGCAGAUGAGAAGCAUCGGGUGGAGGUGAUCCGCUUUCUUCCGUCCCUGCUCGUGGCUCUCGGUCACGGGGCGCUCAGCUGCGCGUCUGCUGCGGAGGCCCUGGGGGCCCUAGCCGAGGAGGAGUCCUUAAGGCCCCAGCUCCGGGAGGCCGGGGUCCCGGGCGCCCUGAGCGAGGCGCUCGGAAGGCCCCGGGGCGCGUCGCCCCAGGACCUGCAUUGCUGCGAAGCGCUGGCGCAAGCGCUCCGGGUCCUGCCGGACGUCGACGCAGGAGAUUCCUCGAAAGCCUCGAAGGUCGGUUGA